AUGGCGGAAGCAGUUCUCUUCAGCCUUGCCACUAACAUACUGAAAAGCCUCGCAUCUGAAAUGGCGGAACUUGGAGGCUCCUUUGCUUCUCAGCAGAUCCAGUUGCUCUGCGGCGCAAAGGACGGGCUCCAAAGCCUUAGGGGCACCGUCCAGACCAUCCAAGCGGUGCUUUUGGAUGCCGAGAAGAAGCAAUGGCAUAACAACCAGGUCAAGCUCUGGCUCACGAGGCUCAAGGAUGUGUUGUACGACGUCCAGGACUUGCUCGACGAUGUCGCCACAGAAGAUCUGAGGCGGAAGGUCACCCCCGGCAACGAGAUGUCGAAAGCGGUACGCUUUUUCUUCUCUAAGUCGAAUCAGCUCGCACACCGUGUCAAAGUGACUAAUAAGAUUCAGGAACUUAGGAAGAAAUUGGAUCGGAUUAAAAAUGAUAGGACGUUCCAUUUAGAGGAGCGUCAGAGUGAGGAAACAACGGCCAUUGGGAGAGGAAGGAAAACUGAAAUUUUCGCGCCCGACAGAGCAAUAAUUGGCAGGGAAAACGACAGAAAAAUGAUCAAACACCUAUUGUUUGAUUCCUCCUCUACCCGGAGUGUGUCAGUUGUUGCCAUCGUUGGUAAAGGAGGUCUUGGAAAAACUGCACUUGCACGACUAGUGUACAACGAUGGGGAGGUAAAAGAACAUUUUGGGCUUAAGAUGUGGGUGUGUGUGUCUGAUGUCUUUGAUGUGAAUUCGAUUGUCAAAGAUAUUCUUAAAAAAGCAAAUGUCGACUGUCAAGGCCAUGACAAUGAUCUACGUGGUUUAUCUGAAGAUGAGUCGUGGAACUUAUUCAAGAAAAAUGCUUUUGAAGAGGGGGAAGAAUCAUUAGACUCGGAACAGGAGAAGAUAGGUCGAGAUUUAGUUAAAAAAUGCGUCGGGGUUCCCCUUGCCGUUAGAACUAUAGGAGGCCUUUUCUACAGCAAAAAGAAAGAUGAAUGGCUCCGUUACGAGGGGCGUGAACUUCAAGAUAUACCAGAAAUUGAUGAGAAAGACGGUGGAAUAAUGGAAGUCCUCAAGUUCAGUUACGAUCAUCUCCCCUCAUGCUUAAAACAUUGUUUUGCAUACUGCUCAGUGUUUCCGAAAGAUUAUGUCUACAGAAAAGAGAUGGUGAUACAUCUUUGGGUGGCACAAGGCUUUAUUGAGUCAAGCAGAGGGGAGGAUAACCUUGACGAGGUCGCUGACAUGUACUUGUCCGAACUAUUGUGCAGGUCAUUCCUCGAUGUUGAAAGAAAACUCGACCACGGCGAGGUCCUGACUUUCAAGAUGCAUGAUCUCAUGCACGAUCUUGCCCAAAAAGUUGCUGGAGGUGAAUGCAAGAUUGUUAAUUUUAAAGGAGGACAUAAUGAUAGAGGAAUUCGACAUGCGUCAUUUACUUCAGAAUUUUCUGUGAAGAGAAAAUGA